GUGAAAACAUAUACAAGGUCUCAGACGUCUCUUUGUCGAUCAAAAAAAUACAAAUUUCCGUGUGUUUAUAUGCUUCACCAAAUCAAAAUUAAACCAAAAGAAUUUUUAACCAAACCAAAAAUAAAUCAAAAGAAUUUUAACCUAACCGGAAAAGUUACUGGAUAUAUAAAUAAAUACAGGUUUGAUUGGUGAAAAUUGACAGAAAAAAAAAGAAACAGAUGAAACCCCUAGCAACAUUGGCUCUCCCUCUCUCUCUGUCGUGAGUCAGUUGCGAUCCCGAGAACGAUGCGGAUGUCGGGGAACGAUGCAGCGGAGACCUCUAAAAUAGAGGUGUGGUGGGACAUGAAGGACUGUCCGAUUCCGGAGGGGUAUGAUGCUCGUCGGGUCCGUCCAAGUAUGGAAAGGGCGUUCGAAAAAAUAGGCUACACUGGUCCUGUCUCCAUCACUGCCUAUGGCAACCAAACACAAACCCCUGAUCACCACCUUCUAGCGCUCUCUUCCACUGGAGUCGCUGUUGUACAUACCAUAGUAGAAAGCACGCGCUCAGUCAUGUAUCGGGAUAUGGUGGAAUGGCGAGGUCAAAAUCCACCUCCGGCUACAAUGAUGAUCAUAUCCGAUCAGGUGGAAGGUGACUUCUCGUGGGAUCUGGCCCGGCUACAACAGCGCACUAGAUACGACCUUUUUCAGGCUAAUUCAAUGAAGAGUCGCGAUGAUUUACUCCUCGUCUAUUAUGCAAAUUGGCGCUGGGAACAAUUACUAGGAGAAGAAGGCACACCACCACUUGUGACGUGUGGAUUAUCAUCUGCUGCCAUGUUUUAUUGCAAAUCGUGCAAUUUCGAUUGCAAAAGCCUAAAGAAAUUCAGGAAGCAUCUCUCCAGUUAUAAACAUGGAAUGGAAGAGGCUAUAAAUCCUCCGGAUAAACAACUGUUAUGUGUAACGAAGGCGUGGGCAAGGAACUACCCGGCCACGCCUGAAAACGCCACAGCUAAAAUACAUGUGUUGUGGGACAUGAAUGACUGUCCGAUUCCCGAGGGGUAUGAUGCUCGUCGGGUCCGUCCAAGUAUAGAAAGAGCGUUGAAGGAACUAAGCUACACAGGUCUUGUCUCCAUCACUGCCUUUGCCGACCAAAAACAAACACCUGUUCACCACCUUCUUGCGCUCUCUUCUACUGGAGUCGAUUUUUCACAUACCCUUCCCUGGGUCCAUUACAGUCGCAUGAUUACAGAUUUUGAGAUAUGGACAAAAGAUAAUCCUGCUCCGGCUUCGAUUAUGAUCAUAUCGGAUGAAGUCGCUUCCAGCAAGGACCGUUCAACACUUAUUUGCCGGAAACUACAAGAGAGUAACUACAACUGUUUUUUGGCUUAUUCAGUUAGGCCUUUUGAAAUGCCUGUCCUGGUCACUUCUGCUGAGUGGCUCUGGGAUAACUUACUUGCAGUUUCAGAGACAAAAAGAAACAUUCUUCACAAGUGCAGUGAAAGUGAAAGGGUUGUUGCAGCUUCUACCGGAAUGUUUUGUUGCACAUUGUGUUUAUGUGAUUGCAAAAGCCUGGAUGAUUUCAAUAAGCAUCUCGCAAGUAAAGAUCAUACACAGGAAGAGAAGAGAAUGCUUUCGCAUACUCAAGCCUUUCCUCACCGGCAAAGGCAAUAUAAAAUAUCCAACUACUAUGACGAGGUAGGAUAUCCUCCCAAGACUAAACGUACGAGGAAUGCACCCCGGAAGGGUUUUCUCCCGAGAUCAUUACGUUUUACUAGACGUUGAAAUUGUGUUUACUAAAGUUAUAUUAUCUUCCUUUCUAGUCUAUGUUUCCUUUUGAAGUAUUUAACCCAGUGCUUGUAUAAAUUUAAAUUAAACUGAAUGGUGUGUCUCUUUCUUUUAUUUACUGAAUUUCUGUUAGUACGAUUA